AAAUAUACGACAGUAUUACAAAAUCAUACACCGCGCAACACAUGAUUAAACCAAUCUCAACACCGCUCAUAUAUAAACCACCCUAUCUACCACACGUUUGAUUCGGAGAAACCAUGUCGAUUAUCGAUUGAUCACCGAUCACUCCGUUUCCUCCCCUAAAUGGCCUCCAUUGCACCCCAAACCUUCCUUUCUCUCUCCAAACCCAUCAAAGAUCCCAACCCCAAACCCUCUCUUCCCCACCUCAAAACCAUCAAACCCACUUACCAGUCCCAAAUUUUACUAAGAACCAAACGGAAAGACUUGGUGGUGGUCGGUUCAGUGGCCGAAGAACUCGAUGUAAUUCCAGUGCAGAGCAGUGACUGCACCGAUCAGCAAGACGGUGUGGUGAGUGGGAUAGAGAGAGAGGUUGAAGGAGGAGGGGGGAGAGUGAAUCAGGUGGUGGGUGGGUUUGGGAAUGAAGGUAUGUUAUCGUUUGAGGGCGCUGGGUUCUCUUCCUCUGCUAGUUCUUCUGUUGGUGGGAAUAGUGAAGAGGAAAGUAUGGAGAAGUGGAUUGAUAGAUCCAUCAACGCCACUAUUGUUCUUGCUGCGAGUACUUUUGCAAUCACGAAGUUGCUAACCAUAGACCAAGACUACUGGCAUGGAUGGACCCUAUAUGAGAUACUCAGAUAUGCACCCCAACAUAACUGGAGCGCAUACGAGGAAGCUCUUAGAACAAACCCAGUUUUGGCAAAAAUGGUGAUAAGCGGAGUGGUUUACUCUCUAGGGGAUUGGAUUGCGCAGUGCUAUGAAGGGAAACCUCUCUUUGAGUUUGACCGUGUGCGUAUGUUUAGAUCGGGUCUGGUUGGCUUUAUGCUGCAUGGAUCUCUUUCUCACUAUUAUUACCAGUUCUGUGAGGCCCUUUUUCCUUUCCAAGAUUGGUGGGUUGUUCCCGCUAAAGUGGUCUUUGAUCAAACUGCAUGGGCAGCUGCUUGGAACAGCAUUUACUAUGCGGUUUUGGGACUUCUGCGUUUUGAAUCCCCUAUCAGUAUCUUUACUGAAUUGAAAGCAACAUUCUGGCCCAUGUUGACUGCUGGUUGGAAGCUUUGGCCAUUUGCUCACCUCAUUACCUACGGCGUUGUCCCUAUUGAACAAAGGCUCCUUUGGGUUGACUGUGUGGAGCUUAUUUGGGUAACAAUACUCUCAACUUAUUCAAAUGAGAAAUCAGAAAAAAGAAUCUCAGAGGCACCAGCAGAAGCAAACGUCGAUUCUCCAUCAAUAGGCCCUCCCGAGGUAAAUAAGUGAUUGGAGGAUUAUAGGCCAUUGAAGAGCUGCAUUAUAUGAUGCUGAUGUGCUUCUCUUUUUGAACUUCCUCUUGUUAGGAGCAAACAAAUUGAAAACCAUAGGCAAGAAGAAGAGACAAAAAAAUGUCUUUAACACUGAAAGAUGAAAUCCUUUUUUACAAUGGACCAUGGGCCGAGAAAUUUUUGGCAAUGAGGUAAUGUGGCUGGAAAUGUUGAUUAUAAUUAUUCUCACCUUCCUUUGGACUCAACGUGUAGUUUAUGUAAACCCUGUGUCAUCUUCUCUCUGUACGUAUACAGAUCUGUGUAUAUCACUUUGUGUCAAUGUAACUUUUAUUGAUUCGUCAAGCAUAUACUACAGAAAAAGUUGUGUUAGGAACUGCUAAGUUAGUUUUUGUACAAAUCAACCCUUCUCUGUCAUUUAUUCAAGGCUGAACUUGGGCAGAAUACAUCAAAAAUCUAUUUUCAACACAAUAAUCUGUUUCUCAAGAACUUUGGCAAAAUAUAGAAGGAAAGGAAUGUAAUUUGUUGGAUAAUCAUUGAAUGGCAGGGUUGCUUAAAAGAAAUAUAGGAAAGCAUGUAAUCAUGCGAGUGUGUAUGCAUGAUUUUGAACUAUUUCCAUGGCCUUCUUUUCAUAGAUUCUUUGCAUUUUGUGAAG